ACCGCGCGAGAGGAGGCCGGAGCCUGCGAGACGUUACUGCGGCAGCAACGGUGUGUAGCACAAGCAGCUGCAGCAGUGCAGACAUGAGUGUUACCUCCUGGUUCCUGGUGAGCAGCGGGGGGACUCGCCACCGGCUGCCCCGCGAAAUGAUCUUUGUCGGGCGGGACGACUGCGAGCUUAUGCUACAGUCACGUAGUGUGGAUAAGCAGCACGCUGUCAUCAACUACGAGCCUGGCUCAGAUGAACACAAGGUCAAGGACUUAGGCAGCCUAAAUGGGACUUUUGUAAACGAUGUCCGUAUUCAAGAGCAGAUGUAUAUCACCCUCAAGUUGGAGGACAAACUGAGGUUUGGAUAUGAUACUAACUGGUUCACUGUGGAGAAAGGCGAGCUCACCGUGCCCGAGGAGGCUCUGAAGCAUGAAAAAUUCACCAGUGGCCUCCAGCUAAGCAAGAAGCCAACUAAAGGUGAAACCACCACGAGCAAGUCUCCCAUUAAGACCCCAUCAAAGACUCAAAAAUCUCCCAGUGCCGGCACCCCUAAGCCUGGCCAAACACCAACAGAUGGGGUCUCUCCCACCAAAGAGCCCCCACCCAAACCUUCAGACUCUCACAAAGCAGAAGAAAGGAUUAGAGCGGAUGUUGCAGCCCUGCCUCGCGGGACCCCCCUCUACGGCCAGCCAGCAUGGUGGGGCUACGGAGAAGCGGAUGAUGAGAACUCUUUCAAGCAGGAAAGCAAGAUGUCUGGCAAAAAACAUGACUUCACAGAGGGCAAAGAGGUUCGUUGUGGAGAGGACAACCACAAUUCAGGUUACACAGAGAUCCCUACAAAGCAAAAUCCUCAUGUGGCCACCAAUGGCAUCCAUGAGAUACCCACCAAGGACACGGAAGGCCCUAGUUCUCACAGCAGCGCAGCUCAAGGCCACGCCUCCUUCACGAUAGAGUUCGAUAACGCUUCCCCUGGGAGGGUUACUAUCAAAGACCACGUCUCAAAAUUCAUGCCCAGCCAGCAUAGGUCUCGCACCAAAAGGAGUGGCGCCGGCAGCGGUGGGACGGGAGGCAGGGACCUGAGCACGUUGCAGGUGGCCAUGAUGGCAUCAGAGAGCAAGGUGGCUGAUUGGCUGGCGCAUAAUGACCCCACGCUGAUCCGUGGCGAGUCUACGGAGGAUGACAGCAAGAGCAACAAGAGUGACGUGCCAGUGCAUCUCAAAAGGCUGAAAGGGAGCAAACAUGAAGAUGGCACUCAAAGCGACUCGGAGAAUGGCCUGGGUUUGCGUUUCGCCAGCCGGCGCCACGCCCUUGAGGAACGUCUGAAAGCAGCGCACGCCCACACAGGAUUAGGAGUAGGAGGGGCAGGAGCGGUUGCCGAGAACGCAGCGAGCGGUUCUCGGGGAGGCAGCAGCCGGACGGCCUUCAUGAUUGAGUUCUAUGACGAGGAGAACCCCCGCAAGCGGCGCUCGUAUUCGUUUUCCCAGACUGCGCCGUUGCUGAGCGAGGGGCUAUGCCCGCAACCUCCAUCUCAGCCCAAGGUGUUCAGCAUUUCCACAUCGGCAAACUCUGACUCAGGUAAAGUCCCAGCCCCUAUAUCUGCGACAGUGGCUGCUGGAGCCCCCACAGCUGCCCGUGUGCUCCUAAAGCAAAGGUCUGAAGACCCGAGUAUUGGUCGAAGCUCAAUCAGCACGGGCCUGGCAACGGGAAGCCCCACCACUCCUAGCGAGGACACAUCAAUCGCAGGGCAGGCAGCUGUGGCAACAGGUCGGGAGGCCGGUGACAACCAAAGUGAUAACGGGACCUACACCAUUGAGCUGGAAAACAGGAACCUGGAGGAGGAGGAGGCCAGGCGCAUGAUUGACAAGGUGUUUGGGGUGCAGCAAAACCAGGACCCCUCCAUAUCAGAUGUCCAAAGCCAGGUACAAGGAAAGGAAACGGGAGAGAUAAGAAAGGAGGUUCCUCCGAGAGACUCCAACUGGGUCUCACAGUGGGCAAGUUUAGCUGCUAACCAUACCCGGACCGAUCCUGAAGGUUCUGGAGCAGAGACUGCUGCCUUUUUGGACAAAGAAAUAGAUGAUGCCUUGAAGCCCGACGCACCUUUCAGCCGAGGUGAAUCCUCGUCAAGUCUGACCGACCGCAAGCGCAGGACCCUCCCUCCUCUUCCAGUCGAUGACUCUCGCACAAAAUCCAGCUGCGCAAAAGCUCAGACUCUGAGGACAGAAAUUGGAGAAAAGCAGGACACAGAACCCCAGGAGAAAGAGAACAAGGGAGACGGGGAAUCCCCACCACCCCCCAUGGAGAACGGUGUCAUGUCUAGCAAACGCAAACCAAGCGCCACGUCUUCGCCGUUAAAGGCAACGCAACGGAACUCUGUCAGUGCUGAGCGCCGGAAAAGAAAGGAGGAAGCAGAGGGCGGGGACAAGUCUGGGAAGCCUCUUGUGCGUCAAGGCAGCUUCACAAUCGAGAAAUCCAGCGGCAGCGUCCCCACGGAGCUCAUCCCGCGCAUCAGCAGAGGUGGCGCCGGAACCCGUGAGCGGAGUGACUCAGUGGGAAGCAUGGACACAGCCACACUUCUGAAGGACACUGAAGCCGUCAUGGCCUUCCUAGAGGCCAAACUGAGGGAUGAAAACAAGCUCGAACCGAAAACUGCGAAAACCAGUAGCAGCGUCAGCAGUCAGAUCUCUGGCUACGGCUAUAACCCACGAACCGACUCCAUUUCCCCGGAGUCCGAUGUGGACACAACCAGCACGGCAAGUCACGUGGCGGGCGGGGCUGAGGGGAAGACCGGCGGCACGCACAAGCGACGCUCCCUUAGUAGCAUGCACCGGGAGAAAAGCAAUAUGAGCACGGCCUCCAAGUCCAGCAUUUCUGCCAGCGCGCGAGAUCGCUUGGAAAGGAAGGCCAAGAGCAAAACCACUGAAGUAACGGGUCGACCGGAAGUGCGUCGCUCGGUUCAGUCGUCUACUUCCAGAGCCAGGCAACCGUCUCUCGAUCUCACUGAUGAUGACCAAACUUCCUCCUUCCCUAUUUCGGACAUCCUCUCAUCAGAUCAGGAGACCUACUCUGGAUACGGGUUGGAGACCAAACAUGAUAGCAGGCCUGGAAAGAACACCGCGAGCAGUUCCUCCAGAAACAACCGUACUCUUCAGGCCGCUACAUCGUCUUCAAUGAACAAACAGGCCGCGCUUCCUAAGCCGCGGCCCACCCGAGCUUCCCUUCUCCGCCGUGCCCGACUGGGGGAUACCUCUGACACAGAUUUGGCCGAUGCAGACCGCGUGUCCGUGGCGUCUGAGGUGUCCACCACCAGCUCCACCUCCAAACCAACCUCUGGUCGAACGGGAUUGUCACGACUGGACAUGCUAGCCCAGCCGCGUCGCAACCGGGUGGGCUCCAUCUCGACACGGAGCGACUCUGAGUGCACGCCAGCUCGGAGCUCUACCGCAUCGCCGCGCCUUUCGACUGAAACAGCUCUGCGCCUGGGCUUGCGCUCAUCGACACCCAGUGAGAGCAAGCUGACCCCCAGGAUGAGGGCCAACAGUGUGUCUAAGUUGAACGAAGCUAGAAGCAAGACCACUACGACUGGCUACUGCUCUCCCACAGAGAGCUCUCAUCCAGAGCCUGCUGGUGCUGACACGGAUGAAGAACCUGUUGUGUCCAGCAGCAACCGCUGGAGACGCCUGCCGCCCGAGUACGCGUCCACUUCGGAGGAAGAGUUCGGUUCUGGUCGUAACACUUCAAAGCACGGCGGACGUCCUCACACGCGGCCGCAUCAUAUCGUGCCGGCUCGCGGUUCUAGACCUGGCACCACGGCAACCCCAGGAUCUGGAUCCAGUGCACUGUCGGGGGUGAGCGGAGUGGUGCUAAAACACCGCAUGAAGGAGCAAGACGAGUACAUUAGAGACUGGACAGCGCACAGUGAAGAGAUAGCCAGGUUAUUCCCAUGUGUGCGCAGGAUCAGCCAAGACCUGGCAAAGGACCUGGCCACCUUGGCGCGCGAGAUCCACGACGUGGCCGGCAAGAUCGACUCGGUCAGCUCGUCCGACACGGCGCCAAGCACCACCGCCAGCACGGCCGCCACCACGCCGGGAUCGGCCAUCGACACCCGCGAAGAGGUAGGCCCAGCACCUCCCGUGCGGCCGGACUUGCAGGAGAGCAUGAGACAGUUGGUGGAUCGAGUGUUCGACGAAAGCCUGAAAUUCCGGAACAUCCCUCCCGUCAUCGAUUCAGCCAAGACGUCAGAAAUCAACGGCAAGCCGGUGGAGCUCCGUCCCCGCGCCCCCGACUCCCACGAACCCCGUGCUCUCAGGAGACGCACGUGGAACCGAGAAGAAGCAGUGUUGGACAGCCUCCUGAUCCAUUCCGUCUCUCAGCUAUCCACUAAGAUCAGACAUUCUGCUGACAAAACAGCUGGAAAAAUCAGGAUAUUGUUUAAGGAUCAGGAUAGGAACUGGGCGGACAUUGAAAAGAAACUGACAUCUGACGGCGAUGUACCGCUCUUGAAGGCAUCCAAUAAAGAAAUCUCCUCUGUGCUGCUUGAACUCAGAAGAGUCGAGAAGCAGCUCGAAGUGAUCAACCUGAUGCUGGACCCUGACGGGACGCUGGACGUCGCAGCCGGCCCUGGCUCGCCCACCAAACCUCAGAGCGUCAAAACGCCAGCCGGUUCUGGACCCCAGCAGCCAGCGGCCAAAGAUCCGCUGCCAGAGAUCCUCCCGGCAUCGGGAGAUUGCGCCGGGAUUCCGCCUGACGUUUCCGCAGGUCUCGGCAUAGCUCCCAUUUGCGGCCUGCCUUUCGGCCGCGUAAGGCCCGGUGGUAGUGAAGCCCUUGUGCAGAAGUGAGACGGUCAUCUGUGUAUCAUUCAUUCGCAAGGAUGAAAGGCACACGGAUUCCAAAAAGACACACGAAUGAACACGAGCAUUUCAUCUAAUCCUUCUCAGCUUCCCGGUGUAUGGACUCUUCUUUACUAAGGUCAUGCCUUAAAAACCCCAGAUUCUCCCAUGUACUUUUCAGACCUCCAGAAUGCAGAGUUUGACUUUUUUUUUUUUUUUUUUUUUGCAGUUCAGUAUCACAAACAACUGCCGCCUUAUUUUAACACUCAAAAAUAGACAUCCUUUAUACAGAAAGAGUCCCCAUGAUAUCACAUUUCAACCAAUGCAGUUUUAUAUAAAAUACAGUUCCAUUCUUAAAAGAAGCAAUUUUUUAAAAUGUUUUUGACUGGCCCACUAGUUGGCCCUCUAGUAGCAAGUGAAGAACUGAGCCUUGUCUCCCUGCUAGGUAUUCUUUGUGUGUGAAGCAGUACAAAAAUAACUUACCAAAGUUUAUUACACAAGGUGCAGGUCUUGACUUUUGAUUGUUGCUGCCUUAUUUUCAUUUGGCCUCUUAAAUGCGUGCCAUGAAGCUUGUAGCAGCACAGAAGUGUCCUAUGAUUUACAAUUGGACUUUUUCUAUUUCAAUUUGGAAGACAAAAACAAAAGUAUUAACUUGCUAUUUUAUAACAUUUGGAUACCGGUGUUGUUUUGUAGUUUGUGUCAAAUUGAGUUUUAAGAAGCUGCUAGACAUCUGUUCCUCUCACUUGCUCCGUCCAUUCCUUCCCUUUUUCUCAUUAUGUGGCUUAAUGUUAAGUAAAAAUUUACUUUUUUUUGUGUUCUAUGAGAAGGGGAAAGAUCCUGCUGCAGUUUUGUCUACAUUGUUUACUUGUCCUAAGGUAUCACUUCCUGUGCUCUAUCGUUAUUUUUUUUUUUAAUUUACAUUUGAAAAAAAAAAAAUCAUUUGAAGUGAAAAUUCGGUACCAGUAGGUUUUAAUUUGCUUUUAUUACUCCUUGUUUGGUCAGUUUGGUUUUAUUUUGUAAAGAGAAAGAAAAAGCCAAGUUUUAUUUAUUUUUUCCCUUUUUAAUGUUUCGUGGAUGUUGUGUAUUUUGUAUUUGUUAAAACAUAAAUUCUAAUGUCAAUAAAACGAGCCAUCCACUCUUCGUCAGUGUUGAAGUUUUGGAGGAUUACAACCAUAAGCUGCCAGGCCCCCCUGGUGGCCGAAAGGUGUCAUUGCAUGUAAUUGACUUUUCUACAGUAUAUGAUUUUAAAAUUAAGACUUUUCCGGUAAAAUAUUGUCUAUAAAAGUUGCAAAGCAAAAAACAAAAAUGAAUGAAAUGAACAAAAAACGAUAUUAUAAUGGUUCAAAAUUAUUUUUCGAACAGAUUAUGUGAUUAGCACCUUAGACCAGGGGUCCCCA